GUGAGGGAUCAUUCUUACCUGUUGUGCUUCUCAAAUGUAAGGGAAGGAGAGACCACCGUCCCGCCCUACUUGUGAAAGACCGCUCUGAAGAGACACCAGUUGCUGCAGAAACCCAACCAUGCAUCGUGGAGAGCUGUUUUUGCUGCUCUGUGUUUUCUCUGUUGGAAGUGCCUCAAGAAGUUGCAUCCGACGCCAUCAAAUUCACACACUAGAAGGAGAGCCCUUUUAUCUGAAGCACUGCGGCAUAACUUCAUCUGAGCACAAGAACGAAACAGCUGCCAUAAGAUGGUUCCGAGUCCAUGCUUCCCAUGGAUAUGUAGAGCUGAAUACUCAAAGCUCACCCAGAAUUACUUUGCAAAGUCACUAUUUGGAGUUCUGGCCAGUGGAGCUGGAAGACAAUGGAACGUACUUCUCCCAAGUGGGAAAUGAUCAUCAAACUUGGACCCUAAUUGUCAUUAAAAGAAAUGAACACAGCUGCUUUUCUGAAAAACUUGUGAUAAACAAAAACGUGGAAGUCAAGAAAUCUUUGCUUAUAAAAUGUGAAAAUUCUAGCUACAGUGAACUGAUCAACCACACUUCAUUGUAUAAGAACUGUAAGGAAAUAGUCUUACAGGGACUAUUACGAGGGAUCCAGAAGGAUGCUGAGUUUGAAGAUGGGGGUUAUUACACUUGCGUGCAUUCUGUCCACCAUAAUGGGAAACAGUACAACCUCACCAAGACCUACAAUAUAACCAUUAUCGAAGGGAACAGCAAAAUCACUCCAGCUAUUUUGGGACGAAAGUUUGACACUGUUGAAGUAGAUCUAGGAGAAGAGGUGGAACUUAACUGCACCGCUUUACUGAAUAAAAAUGACCUGUUUUAUUGGAGCAUCAGGAAAGAAGACAGGUCAAACCCUAAUGUGCACGAAGAUACGAACAUGACCACCUGGACUUCUGAGGGCAAACUGCAUGCCUUUAAAAAACUGACAUUUCGGAAUGUUGCUGAAACGAAUCUCAAUGUUUUAUACAAUUGCACGGUGACCAAUGAGGAAGCCACAGACACCAAAAGCUUCAUGUUGGUGAGAAAAGAAAUGGCUGAUAUCCCGGGCCAUGUCUUUAUGAGAGGAAUCAUCAUGGCAGUGUUCAUCUCUGUGGCAGUAGUGUGUGUGGUGAUUUUGUGUGUCAUUUAUAAAGUCGACUUGGUUCUGUUCUAUAGACGCUUGGCGGAAAGAGAUGAGACAUUAACAGAUGGCAAAACAUACGACGCCUUUGUGUCUUAUCUGAAGGAGUGUCGGCCUGACAACGGAGAAGAACACACUUUCGCUGUGGAGACGCUACCCGGGGUCCUGGAGAAACAAUUUGGGUACAAGCUGUGCAUAUUUGAAAGGGAUGUGGUACCCGGUGGAGCUGUUGUUGAUGAGAUCCAGUCACUGAUAGAGAAGAGCCGGAGGCUAAUCAUCGUCCUCAGCAAAAGUUACCUGACCAAUGAAACCAGGCUCGAACUGGAGAGCGGACUCCACGAAGCACUGGUGGAGAGGAAGAUUAAGAUCAUCUUAAUCGAGUUUACUCCGGCCGGCAGCUUCACGUUUCUGCCCCCGUCCCUGAAGCUCCUGAAGCCCUGCAGGGUUCUGAAAUGGCAGGCUGACAAAUCGCUUCCUUACAACUCGAGGUUCUGGAAGAAUCUUCUUUACCUGAUGCCCGCAAAGGCCAUCAAGCCGUGGAGAGACGAAGCCGAAGCUUUGCCCGUUCUUUCAACACCUUGA